GAAUAAAAGCCGCAAAUAAUUCAAAUAAAUUAACAUAUAUUGACUCUACGUAAGAGAAACGGGCAUCAGGAACUUUGUUGAUAAGUUCAGGGUGUCGUGUUUUUGUGGUGUCAUGGCCAGAAAAAAAACCCAAGUAAAGGUCAGGUGUUGUGGAAAGCGACAGAACGCGCAAGUUGGACGAGUUCAUAAUAAAAAAGGAGGAAAACAUGAUUCGGGCAGCUUUCUUCAUUUUGAACCUCAUUUUAGUUGCACAUGGAAGCAAGGAAGAGCCACCGAUUGGGGUGACAGUGGAGCAACUGUUUGAAUUGAUGCGGAGUGAGGAUGUGACGUUAAUUGAUGUGCGAGAGCCAUGGGAACUUUCGGUCAUGGGAAAAAUCGCUGGAUCAACUAACAUCCAAGGUUGGAAACUCAAAUAUGCAUUGUCAUUAUCCUCGGGAGAGUUCAAAAAGAGAUAUGGAAUCUCACUGCCAGCUAAAAAUGACUGCAACCUCAUCUUCCAUUGCGCGACGGGGGGAAGAAGCCUGAAGGCAGUGACACUUGCAAGGCAAAUGGGAUGGUACUGUUCUCGCCAUCUUCUUGGGGGAUUUAAAGCGUGGAAAGAGUAUUUUGAAUAGGAAAAGAAGACAGCAGUGACUGAAAAAGGAAGGCGUCACUUAGUGUCGGCAUUAGCUGCCAGGUGGUUGAUUAUAAAUCUGAAUGGAAAUACAAGUUAAGAAAUAUGCUAGUAAUCAUGAUAAUCUAGAAAGCA